GUACCCCCGAGGCGCGCAGAGGAGCCGGUAAGAAGCGGAGACCGGCUGCCGCGCUGACCCCUGCCUCCUCCCCGCAGCACACCGGAUCGGAUCGUCGCUGGCCGCCGCGCUCUGCCGAGAGCGAUGCCGCUGCCCGACACCAUGUUCUGCGCGCAGCAGAUCCACAUCCCCCCGGAGCUGCCCGACAUCCUGAAGCAGUUCACCAAGGCUGCCAUCCGUACGCAGCCACUGGACGUGCUGCAGUGGUCGGCGGGGUACUUUUCAGCCCUGUCCAGAGGAGACCCACUUCCUGUAAAGGACAGAAUCGAAAUGCCCGUGGCCACGCAGAAGACUGACACAGGCCUGACCCAGGGACUUCUGAAAGUCCUGCACAAGCAGUGUAGCCACAAACAGUACGUGGAUUUAUCAGAUCUUGAGAAGAAGUGGAAAAAUUUGUGCCUGCCAGUAGAAAAGUUCAGAGCUCUCCUGGAACUGGAUCCAUCUGAUGACAAAAUUGAGUGGAUAAAAUUUUUAGCACUUGGAUGUAGCUCUCUGGGUGGGACACUGAACACUGCCAUGAAGAAUGUGUGUGAGAUCCUCACUGCUGACCCAGAGGGCGGGCCUGCUCAGAUUCCCUUUGAUACUUUCUCCCACAUCUACCAGUACUUGUCUUCACUGGACCCAGAGCUCUCAGCCUCGGAUACCGAGACCUAUCUUGCCACUCUAAAAGAGAAGUCAGAAUCUAGAAAGAAUGGCAUGAUAGGACUUUCGGACUUCUACACUGGAAAAAAGUCAAUAUAGGAACCCUUGAAGAGAAAACUCCGAAGAGUAGACCAUUAAUACAGAGAGGAACACAUUUAACGCAGUGCGUUUGAAAACCUUGGCGCCAAAUACAGCUUGUCAUUAAUGA